AUGGAUAUAGAGCUCCGCCGGCUUGAAAAGUCCAUGAUUGCUCAAUCCCAGCAACUGACUGCUCCUCAGGAGAUAGCCGACCAUCCGGGAAUUAAGGACGAUUCCCUGUUAUCUCGUAACAUCCAAAAGGGGAAUAGACAGCAGACCUAUUCACGUCCAGUCACACGUUCCUUCCUAAAAAAAGAAUCGCCCAACUUCAUUUCUGUCCACCAGCCGAGCGACUCACUUGAUCAAACAGACAAUAUUCCAGACGGCGAGCUUCCCAGUGAUUGCGUCCUCUUCUACAUCCCUAGCCGUUCAAUCCAAUCCGAUAUUCUUGAUUCCUCUGUGCUCUCUAGCCCCAACCGCUAUUCCUUCGAUCUCGCAGCAAACCUUCUGCUUGUCAAGAUGGUCACAAUAAUCCACUCUGACAUCGGUCAGUUUGUCAACCUGGCGCUGACCCGCGUUAUUACCCAGAUGGGUCUUGCAGCCUGCGUUCGCUUUUACGCCGGGGCCACAAUCAGGGAAGAGGGCCGUGGCAAAGAAGGAGAUCAAGGCUGGGGACCUCUUCCAGCCCCUCAAGGCUUUCCAGAUAAGCCUACGGUGACCCUAGAGGUGGGAGUUUCCGAGUCUCACAUGAAGCUCCGGGGAGACGUUGAGUGGUGGCUGCACCCAGCUAAAGGCAAUGUCAACACAACAGUCACAAUCAAGGUCGACAGGAUGCGUCCCCGGCUUAUGAUUGAUCGAUGGGAGCGUAUUGAUGGAGGGGUUCAAAGCACUCAGCAGAUCGAAAUCUCAAAGGUCAAUGGACAAAUGGAAUUCACCAAUGACUUUCUGACCAUUCCCUUUGAAACUCUUUUCCUACGGCAGCCAGCUGGAAAUGAGAACGACAUUACUCUAGAUAGAGAGACUCUUCAGGAACUAGCUGAUAGAACAUGGCGUUUACAGGGGCUCUAG